GCUGAUCGUGGACCGGAGCUUCGACCUGGUGUCCCCACUGCUGCAUGAGCUCAUCUACCAGGCCAUGGCCUAUGACCUGCUCAGCCUCGAGAACGACACCUACAAGUAGGGGCUGGCUGCCAGCAGGAGGCGCCCCGCACUCCUCCUCAGGCGGGCGGGGAGGUACAAGACGACAAGGACCAGCAACUCGCAGGAGAAAGAGGCGCUGCUGGACGAAGACAAACUGGGUGCAGCUACGCCACAUGCACAUCGCUGACAUCUCCAAGAAGGAAGUUUGCUGGGAAGAGAUGGGGUCUGUCUGUCAAGAAGGAGAAGAACAUCGUCAUGCACUGGCUCACCAACCUUAUGAGAAGAGCUUAAAACUAAGUUCAGAGGGGGCAGGUGAAAAAAGGCACCAGGUGAGAAAAGGUGUUUAUAAUGAGGUUAUUUCCCUCUUGGCACAUAUGGAUGACCAAGAUAAGGACAAAAUUGCCCUCAGGAUUGCCUGUAUAGCUGAGACCAAGCUGGCUAUCGUUGUUACCGUUCUGCUAGAAAACCUGCAACAGGAUGAGCAAAACAGAGUAGACAUUUACUAUGUCCUGGAGAAGGUAUUACAGCAGGACACCGGGGGCCUAGAGAGAAGGCUAGUGAACAAAAUAAUAACCCUAGCCUUUGACCAGAUGAGAGAGAGUCAGCAAGUAACAAAUGAACUUAAAGUGGCAGCUAGUAACACCUUAGUGACGCUGGCUCGCUGCUAUUUUAAUAAUGUGAUGGUUGAGCUGCACCAUCAUCUGGAACCACCGCAGCUGCCUGAAGAAUUCAUUUUAGUUACGCUGCGCAACCUGUUAUCAGCCUAUGCGCUUAAGUGUAUCCCUUUUAUGGUCCUGACCCUGCUGUUCAUGUGCUACAUGCAGAAGUUAGUCAAGGGCGGCAGGAUGAGACAAGCAUUUUGUGGUGUUCUGGAAGAAUGCUCAAGGGCAGUAAAUUUCUAUUUGAGUAACUGGGAAAAGUGCUCAUUCCCCAGAAUGAGUGCAUCACAAUUCUGCUAUCGAUUUCUUCCCUUAUAUUCUCAUGUGACCAGUAACUGGCUGACCUGUGAGGAGCCUGAGCUGAAGCAGGCUAUCAUCAAAGCCCUUGGUCCCAUGAUGAGUCUCCUGCUACACGAAGAGAAGUAUCAGGAUCAGAUAUUUGAACUGAUCUCAUGGCUCCUUGAGCAAUAUAAGGAGGAUGCUCAUGUUUUUCACAUCACCAAGAGUCUGAGCCAGCUCUUGGAGGUCUCUGGUGAAUAUAAGAUCCCUCUCCCUAAGAGGAAGUUUCAAGCCAUCUGCAGUGCUCUGCACAACCAGGUCUUUUCUCAAGCUAAGCCGCUCAGCCUGGAACAUCACACAGAGCUGGUCUACUGUAUAGUUCAGCUAGCCCGUUCUUCUCCGGAGGAUCUGAUAGCCUUUCUGCGCUCGCAGCUGAAGGUUGAGAAUGAGGCUGUUCGUGUGGCAUCUCUGAAUCUGCUCAGAGCUAUUGUUGGUGCUGACUUGCCCGAGACAAGACUGAAAAAGUUUCUGAUUGUGAAGGCGGUGAAAUCCACUCUGGGUGAUCAGAAUGCUAUGGUGAGGACGGCAGUUCUUCAUUUCAUUCGGAGGCUGCUCAGCUCAGAAAGUGUGGAGAAUUGUGCAGCAUGGGAGAUGGUAGCACAUGUUUUCAGGGAGUUCAGUGUAUCCACCAGCAAACUGGCUAUUCAGGAAGAAAACACUAUCCAAACCCUGUGCAUUGACAUCCUGCAAUGUCUUGACACCUCAGUCAGUGGAAUGACCGAAGUGCUAUGGCCAAGGCUUCUAGAAUAUGUGGUGCCAGCUCAGUACACUGGCACUUUGAAGCCUCUCUGCAGAUGCCUUAGGGAACUGGUUGAGAAAAAGCAGCAGGAAGGAGAAGAAGCUGCUUGUCUCGCCUACGGUGGACCAGUGAAACUCCCUACACCCCAGGGGCUGCUGGCACGACUCCUGGUAGUAGCCUCAUCUCCUUAUGCAGGAGAAGGACACGGAUGUGCUGCCUUGCAGUUACUACAGGCCCUGCACCAAAAUAUCCAUGCAGCAGUGGGUGAGAUGUGGGUAGUAAAGAUCCCAUCUCUGGUGCAGUACAUUGAAGGAAACACAGAGAAUUCCCUGGAUUGUGCGCGGUGGGAGCACAUGCUGCUUCAGUUCCUAGGAACAUCUCUGGAGAUGAUAGACGACAGUGCCUGGAGCAGGCAGAUAAGCCUUGAGUUGAGCCAGCAGAUGGCCAGCUAUACCAGCCCCUCCCCUGAGAAGAGUUUCCUGUAUAAGGCGCUAGGAACGUCCUUAGCAGUUUGUCAGGACCUGGUCCAUGUUAAAUCACAGCUUCAUCAAUUUCUGAGAACAACAGAUUAUAUGGAAGUCCCUGAGAGAGAGGGAGUCAUUUCCAUCCUCGCAUUCUCUGCUGAGAGCCAUCUGGACCUCACCCUGAACGCACUUCAGGAGUUUGGGGCUGCAAUGAACAAGGUUAAGAUUCCUGAGUUCAUCAGCCGCCUGAAGGACUACCACCAUGGGAAGAGAGGCAAGACUCGCAGCACCCUGAUGCUGACAUACAGCAGCGUGGCUGUCCAUGCUCCAAAAGACCAGCUUCUUUCCCGAGUAGAGGCAGACAUCACAGGGAACAUCCUUCUCCAUUACAGAGCCAGUUGUCAGGUGCUGGGCAUCACUGUUGCGAACAAGGACAUGUACCUAAAAUUAACCCUCAUCCACAAUGUCAUGGAGAUUAGCUGUGCCAUCUUGGAGACCAGAGACUCCCAGGAGUUUGAAUUCUCUUACAAACUGGAGCUCCUUGGCUACAUGCUGGACUUCAUUAAAAAAAAAAAGAACCACUGGAUUCCCUGGCAUCUCCAGUUCGCUACAAGCAAACUCAAACCAUCUCUGACCUUGGAGGAAAACCGUGAGCUCCUUGAUCAGUGCUUCAAAAGUUUAUUUCCCCUUCCUCCUUUAGAGAUGAUGAAAAAGGAAAGCGAGACAGCAAAGGAUGCUCUGCUUAUACAAUCACUCUAUGUGAGGUCCUUGGAAGCCCUUGGCAAGCUAAUGGAGACUUUGCUGGAGGAAGAACCAACUGCAGACUGGUUCCAGGAAAUGUUUGAAGUGAAAAAGCACAAGAAGUUUCUUCUAGACAUACUGAUCGGGGCCUUACAUGACAUUUUCAGUUCUGAAGUCAUUGGCGAGAGCAUGAAAGCACUGGCCAAAGUCCUGAAGCAACUGAAAGAGAAGGACAUCGGUUCUUCCUUCAGAGACCUCACCCAACAGAUCCGGACCUACUUUGACGAUGAGGACCAUGCUCUUCGCUCAGUGGAUUUUGUCCUAUUUGGCAUCCUGGCUCAGUUGACAAAGAAAAAAUGGAAGGCCUAUUUCACCGAGCAGGUUCGAAAGAGCUGGGUCACACUUCUGCUGCACCUGCAAGACCCAAAACCCCAGGUUUCAAUGAAAUGUAGAGCUACAUUUCACCUCUGUUUCCCGUUUUUUGGACUGAAGAGAGCUCAUCCCCGGUCGCUGGGACCGCCCUCCCCGCCUCGCGCGGGUCAGGACGGGGACCGGGCCGGGGCGGGGGAGGGGUUGCGCGGCGGAGGGCUGAAGGUUCAGCAGCAGGGGACACCCGCGCCUCCGGACGGGGAGCUCUCGACGCGGGGCGCGCGGCCGGGAUGGCGCACGGAGGGCUCUGGGCGUCGCGAGGCCCGAGUCACAGUGGAACGGCGGCCCCAGUCGCGUCCAGCCUCCCAGGCACGCCGGGUCGGAGGGAAACCUCGGAUCCCUGGGAGCUGGCGAGGCCAUGGCAGCGGUUUCUCGGCACGCCUUGCCGGGACGAUGCCCUCCCGAGGCACCGCGGAGCCGGCCGGCGGGUGCCGGGCUCCACUCCGCGCGUUGCCGUCCGUCGCUUCGUACGCCUGCCCGCCCGGGCGGGUAGGUGCGGAAGCGGCGGCGGGUUGGGGGACGCCCCGGGGGCUUCGGAACCGUUUCCCUCAACCCAGUGCCAGGUACCUAGCGCUCUCCGCGAGCCUCGCGGCCCGCGGAAGGCGGCGGUUUAAAGACUUGCGCGGCCUGAGUCGGCCCGUGGGAGGGACGCCCGCGACGAGGGAGCCCCGGGGAGAGCGGAAGGAGGGGGACCGCCGAGAAGGGAAGGACGUCUGA